GAACGGCGCACCCGGAACUUCGUCCAGCCCAUUCCUACGCAUCAUCAAAGUUGACAGCAGAAACACACCAAGUUGUUUUAAAGUGUCACUGUCUCGGAGAACAACCGGCAGUGGACAUUCUCCGGUCAUUGACCUCCGUGAAUAUGACUUCACUCACGAUAAUCGCGCGUGUCACGGACGGACUUCCGCUCGCGGCGUCCAUACAGGAGGAUGAACAGUCAGGAAGAGACCUCCAGCACUACCAGAGCCAAGCCAAGCAGCUGCUCCGUAAGCUGAACGAUCAGAGUCCGGACCGCUGCACCCUGGAGGCUGGAGACAUGAACUUCCACUACUUAAUAGCACAGGGUGUGUGCUACCUGUUCCUCUGUGAGGCUUCAUUUCCCAAAAAGAUGGCCUUUGCAUACCUUGGAGACCUCCACAGUGAAUUCCAUGAGCAGUAUGGAAAGAAAGUACCCACAGUAACAAGGCCGUACUCUUUCAUCGAGUUCGAUACAUACAUCCAGAAAACAAAGAAGGCCUUCAUCAACAGUAGGGCCAGGAGGAACUUUGGCAGUAUUAACAUAGAGCUACAGGAUGUCCAGAGAAUUAUGGUGGCAAAUAUUGAGGAAGUUCUGCAAAGAGGAGAAUCUCUUUCUGCUCUAGAUACAAAAGCCAGCAAUCUGUCCAGCCUGUCAAAGAAGUACCGCAGCGAUGCCAAAUAUCUCAAUACCCGCUCCACGUACGCCAAGGUGGCUGCUGUGUCCAUGUUCUUCAUCACACUCAUCAUCUAUGUGCGUUUCUGGUGGCUCUGAUGGACUGUCAACAAGGACUUUGAGGGUGCUUAUUUUUUGGAAAGAGCACAUAAACUGAUCCGGUUCAAUUUGUUAAAUACCCGGGUGCCUUAAGGGAUCGUAUACGAGCGUUCCCUAUUGAAGGUUAAAACGACUUCUAUGCUUUAUCCAAUGUUGUGUAUAGAGUAUAAACGGAGCCAUGGGGCUGGGAUGGGACAUUGCGUAUGUAUUGGAGCGAAUGCUCAGUGGUGAGUUCAUGUUUACUGGAAUAUUAAGAUCAGGGCGUUGAUAAAUUAUCAAACUGGAAAUAGGGGUUUCCGUCAGUUUCAGUAUUCAGGAAAACAAUGUAUGAAUAUGCAGAAGUUCUGUGAAAAGUCUUAAUACUGUGAUAAAACCACGUUUAUUGUAAAAGUU